AUGCAUGAGCCACUGCGACCUCCUCGUAGCAGUACGCCGAAGCGAACAUCGUCUUCUCUACAACUUACACCGGAUCUCAGGGAAACUACUCCAACAACAAUUAUGGAUGAAUUUCCAGUAUUCAAGCCUGUUCUUGACGACGCCUCCUCCACUGUAGACGACUCAAUAUCAGUAGCGACAUCUACAGAAGAAGACUCGAAUUUCGAAAUAGAAAUAGUUACAGAAGAGGACGAUUUGUUUUUGGCUGAUUUGGCUGAAGAAGCGUCGAUCAUCGAUGAUACUAUUGUUAGCGAUCGAAUAUACAAAAUUCUUAUGGCAAAGAAUGGAAAUAUAAUGUUCGUCGAUUUAUCGUCGUUGCUUAUGGUUGCCAACAUUCACAAUAAGGAGACCUUGAUUCAGGGGAAAGUAGCCAGUGUGUCUCUGUCUUACAAACUGAACAUGACAAGAUCAGAGGUCUACGAAAACCUCGGAAAGCGAGGGCGUGUCUCCAUAGAUGGUCAAGUUCCGGAACCACAAGUUAUUUUCACGGUGCAUCAACUGCUGGAGUCCAGUAUGUUGAAUAUAAAGCUGACUGUGAAAGGCUUAUUGGCGCAACUCGAUGAAGAAAUUGUUUCGCAUUUGGGUGCAUUUGUGUUGGAUCGGGAGAUUUCUGAGAACAAAAUCUGUUUGGUCAUGAAUUUGUUGGACUCCAGUUUUGUGAUCGUUGAUCGUAAUAGGAAGAAACCUCUUCGCAUAAAACUCAAAGAUUGUGUUAUAGAACAGGACGACGAUUACACAGAAUAG